AGUGUUGCGAUGACGGGGAGAGAGAAUAGACGGGACUCCGUUGAGGGCAGCGCUGCGCAGACUAGGUGAUUUUUGGGUGCAACAUCCCAAAUGGGUCACGGAGGUUAGGCCUAAUCAACUGUCAAAUCAAAUGAUCAUUAUGCGCUUUCAACCGUCGUUAUUUAUCUGAUGGUCUGAAGUUAAGACCUAGGUCGGAGUUCGCCUACAAUUACCCUUUUUUUGUUUUCUUUUUCCUUUCACAUGGAUCGCGCUGUAGCAUAGGUUAUUUCCCACAGCUUUACAGAGAGUGAACAUAACUCAAUCCUGGACAAACAAGUUCUCAUUAAAAUGGAUUAAUGAUAUAUUUUCCCAAAGGAAUGUACUUUUGGAGAAGCGAUGCUGCUCUUGGAAAUCUCGAGGUUUGCUUUGUCCUGAUUAGAUUGAUCACAUGGGAUACAGAAGACAGAAGGACUCCUCUCACCCUGUACCGAGAUCUAAAACCUCUCCUAUCCCUGUGGGAAUAUGUACAACCAUCCACCUCUCCAGGACAAAGGAUGUCAGAAGUGAUACAGAGUCUGGAACAAUGCCAACCCCAGAGAGAGGCUGCCUGGAAUGUCUUUUACCUUGUUGUUUUUUAUUAUCACGGGACACAAACAAACAAACAAACAAGAAGAUGUUAUCAGAGAUGUUUGUUUGGAUGAAAGGGAGAAACCCAGUGGUCUUUCCUUCUGACCAGGCUCUUCUCUACACUAUGAGCUGAUUGACCCCUCUCUGCCCCCCCUCCACCCCCCCACACACACAAAUCGUCCCUCCCCUCCACCUGUCCUUCCAACCGACGAUGGAUCUGAUGAAUGAAACCACGGUCAUCACAGACAGCGACUUAUUGGAUGACUCCUCAACCCGCGUCCUGACUGGCUGUUUCCUCUCGCUGCUCAUCCUCUCCACGUUGCUCGGCAACAUCCUUGUGUGUGCCGCCGUCACCAAGUGCCGUCACCUGCGUUCCAAAGUCACCAACUUCUUUGUGAUCUCGUUGGCCGUCUCCGACCUCCUGGUCGCUGUACUGGUGAUGCCGUGGAAGGCCGUGACGGAGGUCGCAGGGUUCUGGCCGUUUGGCUCGUUCUGCGACACUUGGGUGGCGUUCGACAUCAUGUGCUCCACGGCAUCCAUCUUGAACCUGUGUGUGAUCAGCGUGGACCGUUACUGGGCAAUAUCCAGCCCGUUCCGCUAUGAGAGGAAUAUGACUCCUAAAGCUGCGUUUGUGAUGAUCAGCGUGGCCUGGACGCUCUCCGUCCUCAUCUCCUUCAUCCCCGUCCAGCUCAACUGGCACAAAGCCCAGGCCUUUACCUCUACCUCCAUCACUACCUCCACAACCACCCCCUACGGCCUCCAGGCCCCCCCAGACUCCUCUAACCCUGUUGGGGAUAACAACACACAUCAGGCCCCCCGGGACUGGGGCAACUGUCACUUCAGCCUGAACCGGACCUACGCCAUCUCUACCUCUCUUAUCAGCUUCUAUAUCCCAGUGAUUAUCAUGGUGGUCACCUACACACAGAUCUACCGCAUCGCCCACCGUCAGAUCAGAUGCAUCGCCACCCUAGAACGAGCCGCAGAGAGCGCCAAGAACCGACACAACAGCAUGGGAGGAUCCAGCAUCUCCGAAUCGGAGAGCUCAUUCAAGAUGACGUUCAAACGGGAGACAAAGGUCCUGAAGACGCUGACUCUGAUCGUGGGCGUGUUCGUGUGCUGCUGGCUGCCCUUCUUCAUCCUGAACUGCAUGGUCCCGUUCUGUGAGCUGUCACCCCCCGGUGGCGCGGCCUCCUUCACCUGUAUCAGUCCCACUACGUUUGAUGUGUUUGUGUGGUUCGGGUGGGCCAACUCUUCCAUCAACCCCAUCAUAUAUGCCUUCAACCCAGACUUCCGCAAGGCAUUCUCUAUCCUCUUGGGCUGCCACAGAUUCUGUCCCGGAGAUCACGGCAUGGGCACGUUUAGUCUCAAUAAGAAGUGAGCUCAGAGCUUCAGAAUUCCCAGUGGUAGUAAUAAAAAACAUACAUGGACAACAUCUGCUGAGACACUGGUCUCAGAAGAGGACCUACAGUACCAGCUGUCAUGAACAUCAGAGAACUAUAGCAUGCCAUCGUCUGCUGCAUUGUAUUGCCAUAAGCAAGCAGAGUAAGCACUACAACCUUGGUGUAAAAGGUUUGUUGUUGUCAUUGAGGGUGCCGCCACUUUGUGCAGUGUCACUGGGCAUAACAUACAGUGUGAUCUGAAAUGGCACUGCAAUAAGAGUCGAGUGACCCUUUGCAGUGUCUCUGACUGUGCAGUGAAUGCAGUACAUUUAGUGACACAUUGUCUCUGUGGAGUAGAUACUACAGUGAGUCAGGGCCCCAGACUCUGACCCAGUGAUCCAGUGACUGCAGACUAUAGUGAGUCAGGGCCCCAGACUCUGACGCAGUGAUCCAGUGACUGCAGACUAUAGUGAGUCAGGGCCCCAGACUCUGACCCAGUGAUCCAGUCAUCCAGUGAUUGCAGCCUAUAGUGAGUCAGGACCCCAGACUCUGACGCAGUGAUCCAGUGAGACCAGUGACUGCAGACUAUAAUGAGUCAGGGCCCCAGACUCUGACCCAGUGAUCCAGUGACUGCAGACUAUAGUGAGUCAGGGCCCCAGACUCUGACGCAGUGAUCCAGUGACUGCAGACUAUAGUGAGUCAGGGCCCCAGACUCUGACCCAGUGAUCCAGUCAUCCAGUGAUUGCAGCCUAUAGUGAGUCAGGACCCCAGACUCUGACCCAGUGAUCCAGUGACUGCAGACUAUAGUGAGUCAGGGCCCCAGACUCUGACCCAGUGAUCCAGUGACUGCAGACUAUAGUGAGUCAGGGCCCCAGACUCUGACGCAGUGAUCCAGUGAGACCAGUGACUGCAGACUAUAAUGAGUCAGGGCCCCAGACUCUGACCCAGUGAUCCAGUGACUGCAGACUAUAGUGAGUCAGGGCCCCAGACUCUGACGCAGUGAUCCAGUGACUGCAGACUAUGUUGAGUCAGGGCCCCAGACUCUGACCCAGUGAUCCAGUCAUCCAGUGAUUGCAGCCUAUAGUGAGUCAGGACCCCAGACUCUGACCCAGUGAUCCAGUGACUGCAGACUAUAGUGAGUCAGGGCCCCAGACUCUGACCCAGUGAUCCAGUGACUGCAGACUAUAGUGAGUCAGGGCCCCAGACUCUGACCCAGUGAUCCAGUGACUGCAGACUAUAGUGAGUCAGGGCCCCAGACUCUGACGCAGUGAUCCAGUGACUGCAGACUAUAGUGAGUCAGGGCCCCAGACUCUGACGCAGUGAUCCAGUGAGACCAGUGACUGCAGACUAUAAUGAGUCAGGGCCCCAGACUCUGACGCAGUGAUCCAGUGACUGCAGACUAUAGUGAGUCAGGGCCCCAGACUCUGACCCAGUGAUCCAGGGACUGCAGAUUAUAGUGAGUCAAGACCCCAGACUCUGACCCAGUGAUCCAGGGACUGCAGAUUAUAGUGAGUCAAGACCCCAGACUCUGACCCAGUGAUCCAGGGACUGCAGAUUAUAGUGAGUCAGGGCCCCAGACUCUGACCCAGUGACUGCAAACUGUGGUGCCCUUGGCCCCAGUAGAGAUUAAAAAGGGUGAAGUAUUUGAUAUUAAGACUGUGUGUGACAGAGUACAGGAAGAGAGAGAGUGCUGCUAACGAUACUCUGAGACGGAUAUUCCACAGACUGGGCAGGCAACACACGCACACACACACACACGAACACGUACGCUCACACACACACAUACACACACGUGCACACACAUUUUGACCACUACAGAUCUCAAAUGUCAUAGGGGUUUAAGACUACGAACCAAAUAAUAUUUACGUAUGAACAUAAACAUGUGAAUCAAUCCAGAAGUGACUUAGAAACUGCUCUACUGAAGCAGCUAGAACGAUUUCAGACUGUCCAAUAGAGAUUGAUAUUGUGUGCUUUACUGUGGAUUUAACAGAAUGUUAGAAAGAGGUCACUUUAUUACAAAAGUUAAGAGCUGUAAUACAGUACUUCAAGAAAAUAUAUUAUUCUUUGCAAACAGUAACUUUGUGUCUUUGUUAAAGUCCAUACCAAUACUGCCAUUGUUUUUAAUUGAUGGGGAACACCAAAUGACGGUCAACUGAAUAAUCUUUCUAAUGAUGGUAAUGAAAUUCAGAAAGCUUAAGGCUAUUUCAUAGCCUUAAUUUCACACCAGAUGCGACCAGGACUCACAGGUUGAAAUAUCAAAACUAACUCUGAAUCAAAUAUAUUAAUUUGGGGACAGGUCGAAAAGCAAGCAAAAUGUAUCUCAAUUUAGCUAGCUAGCUUGCUGUUGCUAGUGAAUUUGUCCUGGUAUAUAAUCAUUGGGGAUGGGUAUCGUUAAGAUUUGAACGGUAUUACUACUCUUACCGAUACUGCUUAUCGAUCCAAACAAAUUAAGAACAGA